AUGGACAACCAAGAGAUCACCAUCUCAGCACACACCAUCAUGAAGUUCGCUACCGCCUUUGCCAUCCUCGCCUCUGCCGUGAGCGCGGCCCCGCACAUUGUACAGCUUGAGAUGCGUGACGAAUGUGUCGGGAAGCGCUUCGCCGACCACACCGCCAUCAUUCUCCUCACUGAUGGCCUCACUGUGACUGACGGCGGACCGACCUGGGAGGUUAACAACGCCAUCGGCGUUAAGAUCGCCCGUGCCAUCCAUGACGCUGCGUACGAGGGUAUCCGCGUUCACUGGGGCCACCUCAAUGCUCAGCACGACCGCCGCGACGUGUCUUUCUACAACACGGCCUCGCGCGACAGCGGCGGCUUUUUCUCGGAGAUCAACAAUGCUGGCGAGAUUGCCGGCUAUGUUGAUCAGCUCUUCAAGAAGGGCAUCACCAACAAGGACGAGGAGUGCCGUGGAAAGCCCCUGCCCGAACCCUCCAAGCAGCCCGAGACCUCUCAGCAGCCUGAGCCAUCCAAGACUCCCGAGCCGACCAAGGAGCCGGAGCCCUCCAAGUCGCCCGAGCCUUCCAAGUCCCCCGAACCUACCAAGGAGCCCGUGCCCACCUCGAGCUGCCCCGCUCCCAUCGUCUCUACUGUCACUGAGAAGGUCACCGAGACCGUGAAGGAUACUGUCACUGCCCCUACUGGCAACGUGUGUUUCGCGCCUUGCGAUGCUCCUGGUGUCAAGCCCCUCACCAAUGUCAAGAUCGAGCUCUAA